AGCAGCUUGCAAAACUUCCGGAGUGUGGUAUUUGGGAAUGGUGUUAUACAGCUUGCAGUACGUCCACACCUGGAUAGAUGUCUUCUAACUGGACCUGAGACCACCUAGCAUAACCGAUGCUAAGCAGCAAGUUUGAAUCCUUUAUAUUAGCAGCAGGUAAUACAACAACAGGUACCCAAAUUCAACAUGGCGCAGUCCUUGUCUGAUGAAGAGUUCCAGCGAAUGCAGGAUCAACUACUGGAGUUGAGGACUUCAAAUUAUCAGCUGAGUGAUAAAUGCAGAAAACUAGGAAAUGAAUUAACUACACUUCAAACAACAGCAGCAAAUUAUGAAAAAGACCUACUGAAAGCAAACAAGACCAUCAGCAAAAGUAAAAAGGCUAAGGAUGUUGAGGCACUGUUGUCAGAGCUGGAGAGUCUUCAACAAAAGCUCCAUAGUCAAGAAGAUGACUUCAGAUUACAGAACUCAACCCUCAUGCAGGAACUCUCCAAGCUAUGUACAAGCAAUGAGGAGCUUGAGAAGGAGGUUAACCAGUUGAGAAUGGGUCAAAGUUCAUCCAAGGUCACACCCACUGAUGAUAGCAAUCUACAGGGAGAGUUACGGAGGUUGCAAGCUUUAAAUACCGUUCUGCAGAAGAGCCUUAACAGUACUCAAGAGAAAUCAGAAGCAGAAAUAGCAGCAUUAAAGCAAACUAUCAGUAACAUGAACGGGGCAGGCACCGUGUUAGAGGAGAGAACUCCGCCUGCCGGGGCAUCAGUUGAUGAUGUCACGAAUACGGAAUCACCCGAUUCUCCAUCACAGGCAUCUGAGAAAGAUGCCCCGCUGGAAUCGGAGUUAAACAGUCUGCUCACUGAUGAGCUUGAUGCUUUUCUUGAAGAUGUAAAGUUAUCCGACGUAACUAGUGACUUUGACGACGGUUUAGAAUCUAAAGAUCCAGUAGCAGUACUACAAGGCCAUGCCAAACAGCUGAAGCACAGACUCAGUGGGGCUUUAGUCCGCAACAUGGAAAGUCUAGUCAAACUGAUGUCCAAAGAUGAAGUGGAUGACAAAGGCGGUGAAAGUUUUGAUUCUACAACUCAGGCUGAAUCACAGGGUUUAGUUACACCAGAGAUGACAACCAAAGGUUUCAGUGAUCUUCAACUGGUGAUAGAUACUGAGAAGGAGGAGAAGCGAUUACUGAAGGAGCAGCUACACCAAGCCCAAGUUUCUCACAAAGCUGAAGUUGCCAACUUAACUCAAGAAAUUGCGAAGCUCAUUGAGAAGACGAAAGAAGAAACAAGAGAGAGUGCAUCACAUGGUCACCGUGAAGGAGAUUCUCUCGCCCUACCAAGUUACAUUGCAACGGCACUCAGCGACCUCCAAAAGAGACUGUUGAAACUCCCAUUUAACUGCUUCUACUUUGACCUCAUAAUGGAGGCUCUGAUAUCUUCUAAUACCAGAAACACCAGCUUUGGAAAUAGAUCUAUGGAAAUGAGCGAAGUGAAAACAGAGACUGGUGGCUGGGGAAGUUUCGCCCGAAGUGACUUUGUCAUUGUUCUCUACAGCAUCAUCUGCGCGGUUGGAAUCACUGGUAACUUCCUCGUUACGUUCGUACUCCUCCGCGUACCAACUCUGCGCUCGAACACCAGCGAUUUCUUAAUCCAUCUCUCCCUCGUCGACUUCAUAGUGUGCGUUCUGGUCAUCCCAAAUUUCCUGGUCGUGGUGGAAACUGCCCCCUCCCCGAACCCGGGGUUCUUCAGCGAGCUGUGGUGCCGAUUCUCCAACGGCAAGUUCCUGUUCUGGGUAUGCGCCCUGACGUCAGUGUUCAGUCUGGUCACCGUUAACUUGGAACGGUUCGUUGCCAUCGUCUACCCACUCAAGUACAAAGUGGUGUUCACCAGAAGAAACAAAAUCAUCAUGAUCACCACUUGCUGGAUUCUGGCCACUCUUUCUAAAACGUUUAUACUGUUCCUGUACGACGAAGGGGAGAACGUCGGGUGUCGAUUUUUAGGCUGGCCGAACCCAGAAGUCCAGGCGGUUGUGGGGUUGUAUACUUUCAUCGUCCAACUACCUGGCCCCUUCUUAGUGAUGGUUUGGGCACAAUGGCGAGUCAUUUCAACAUUAAAGAGACAGAUGAAGGUUCUUAAAGGUCGGAUGGCUUCAUCAACCGUUAACCCGGCCGAUCAGCGUAAGAUGUGGCAACUCCGAGCGUCUCAAACUCUCAUCAGGACCCUCCUGACCUUCGUCAUCACCUUCGCAGUCUGCUGGGCUCCAAUCCAGGUCAUGUUUCUCGUCUACAACUUUGGUGUCUACGUGGACUUCUCAUCACCAUUUCGCCACAUCUCAGUCAUGCUCUCCGUGGGUAACUCAUGCGUGAACCCCAUACUCUACACGCUGAUGAACAAGCCAUUUCGGAAGGGUAUUCGUGAGUCGUUGUGCAAGAGAAGGAAUUCAGUCAAUGAUGGCGGUGGUACGUCAUCAGUUCGACAUCCGGGGACUAUGACAAUGGAAACUGCCAUGACAACUAAGGGUACCUAA